AUGCUGACAAGUCUUGCAGAUCUCGACCCAAUCGAACCCAGACGCCGCGUCUGGACCAAAAAAGACUUCAUCUUCUACUGGAUGUCCGACCAAUUCAUCACCCCCGUCUGGCUCAUCGGCUCGACCCUCGCCGGCCUCGGUUUCACCAUGCGCGAAGCCAUUCCGCUCACGUUCUUCGGGUUCUUGUUGACCGGGUGUGUGCUUUAUUUGAAUGGUUUCGUCGGAGCGUAUUACCGAACGCCGUUCCCCGUUUAUGCGAGGACGAGUUGGGGGUAUUAUGGAGCGUAUUUUCCGAUUGUUUGCAGGACGAUCUUGGCGUUGUUUUGGCUUGCCAUCUUGACUUACCAAUGCGGAGUCAUCGUCGAACAAAUGCUCAUCGCGAUCUGGCCCUCCUUCCGCCACUUCCCCAACCACUUCCCCGAAUCCGCCGGCGUAACAUCCGCCGGCCUCAUCGGAAUCAUGGUCUACUGGGCAAUCCAAACCCCAAUCUCCCUCAUCCCCGUCCACAAACUCAAAUACUUCUUUCUCCUCAAGACAAUCAUCUCGCCCAUCACCUUCAUCGCAAUGGGUAUCUGGGGUCUCUCGCAGGCACCCACGGGACCUUUGAUCGAUGGACCCGUGAGGAUGACGAGCAUGAGCAAGGGCUUGGCUGUUUGUACGGGGUUGAACGCCGUUAACUCCCUCUGGGCAACAUUCUCCGUCAAUGUCAGCGACUUCUCACGUUUCUCCAAAGAGAACAAGUUCCAAUGGUGGCAAGGUCUCGUCUUCGCCGUCUCCGGAACCGUUCCCGUCAUCUGUGCCAUGGCAACCGCGAACGCCUGCGAAGUCGUCUACGGCUCAACCGUCUUCGCACCAAACGACGUCCUUGCCCUCUGGGGUAACCGCGGUGCUGUCUUUUUCUGCGGGUUUGGAUGGUUGAUCGCCUCCGUCGCUGGUAAUAUCUCGGCGAACGCCAUCUCGUUCGCGACGGAUUUCACGGCGUUGUUCCCCACGUACUUCAACAUUCGCCGUGCGUGUCUCGCCGGAGGUGUUAUCUCCAUCCUGAUGUGUCCAUGGAAAAUCGUGGCGAACGCGACCCAAUUCGUCAACUUCCUCGGUGCGUACGGGUGUUAUAUGGGUCCCAUCGCAGGCGUCAUGAUCGCCGAUUUCUGGAUCGUGAGAAAGAAGGUGCUCGAUAUUCGGGAGGUCUACAACGCAUCCCCGAGUGGUGCGUAUUGGUUCGAUUACGGCGUUAACUGGCGUGCGGUUGUCGCGUUCUUCAUCGGGUGGGGUCCCAACAUCCCGGAUUUCGCACAUGCUAUUAACUCUACCGGAGUUAAGAGCACGAACCCGUACACGUACUCGUUGUCGUGGAUCUUCGGACUCGUCGUGUCUCUCGUGGCAUACACCAUUAUCUCCAAGUUCUUCCCCCCGACCAAGAGUUUGUCAUACUCCGAAGUCCACGUCGACGAUGUUCUGCAAUAUGAUGAGGACGGCAACGUCAUGCAGACUGAGCAUGGUAUCAUUGACGGCGUUGAUAUGCAGUCGAGCGGAAGUAUGGAUAAGGAGGCUGCGAUUGUCAAUGCCAAGUUGGCGAAUGCCUAG